AUGCCAAAAUUUAACUUUUUUCCCCAUGUCAAUUUUCUGGCAUACAUAAAAAAAAUUAGUAUAAGGUAUAAUCCGUGUGGAACAUAUAAUGAUAAUUGUAGAAAAUUGAUUCAUCUUAUUGAAAAUAAACAAAAAAAAGACAAAUUCCUUAAUCUGGAUUACAAAUUAGAGUUAAUUGAUUAUAAUGAUGAACCAUUAAUUGAAAUUGAAAUGCAAAAUUCCAAAAUUUUCAAGUUUAAUCCAGAGAAUUAUGAUUUGAUGGAAAUACAACGAGUAAUUGACAACGAACAACAGCAACUACAUCAUAGUUUCAUGAAGAAUAAUUUAUUAGAAAACAAUGAAGACUCCUUUAGGCUUUAA